ACAAUAUCAGAAUGCUAUUUUUUGCGGGUUUUGCAAGAGCAGCACAAUUUAAACGGUCGUUGUCUGCCUUGGUUUCUGCUACUUCGAUAGCCUUGCUUCAAACUAAACAACGACUAAGCGUUGUUGGUAUAUUUGGUACAAACUUUGAUCUCCUGCGAUCAGAAGAUAAUUCUGAAAAUGGCAAUGCUGCGAAAAGAGCGACGACAAAAAUGCCAGUAAGGCCAAACUAUCGUGCCCCGAGAUUACCUAUCGUUUUGUGCCACGGUCUUUUUGGUUUCGACAAACUAG